AUGGGGCUCUGGAGCUUCCUCCUGGUGGCUCUCCUGGCUCUGGGGACUCAGCUGCCUGCCGCCUCUGGCUGGAAGAAGGGAGAGAAGUGGGGGAGCUGCCCGCCAGAUGACGGGCCCUGCCUCCUGUCAGUGCCCGAUCAGUGCACUGGUGACAGCCAGUGUCCUUCAACCAAGAAGUGCUGCUACCGAGCUUGCUUCCGCCAGUGUGUCCCCAGGGUCUCAGUGAAGCUGGGGAGCUGCCCCGAGGACCGGCUGCACUGCCUCAGCCCCACCAGGCACAUGUGCAGCCAAGACUCCGACUGCAUGGGCAGGAAGCGGUGCUGUCGCAGCGCCUGUGGCCGGGACUGCAGAGACCCCGUCAGAGGUGGGCUCCUGGGGACCUGA